AUGCUCCCCACUCGCAAGCGCGAUUGCGCAUAUCUGAUCUUCUUCGCCACCCACAUCCCCGUCAUAUUCCUUAUUGAUACGGUCCCUCUCCUGCCCCCUUUCAUGGUGACCUCCCUCUCCCACACCCUCCGCGACUUCUAUAUAACCACCUACCGCGACAAAUUCUUCUCCGAGCCCCCAACCUGGUUCACCGCCUUCAUAUGGAUGGAACUCCUCUACCAUGUGCCAUUGAGUCUGUGGGCCGUGUGGGGGUUAAUGCGCGACCAUCCAUUGGUGCCGGUGCAGCUUCUGAUUUUCGGGGUUCAGGCUUUCGUCACCUCCCUGACAUGCCUGGUGGAAGUCUGGAACUGGCCGGACCGCUCCGUCGCCGAAAAGCAGCAGAUCACCUCACUCUAUGGCCCUUACGUAGCUCUGGGUAUGUACUUUCCCCUCCGGGCCGUGCCUGGUGGCUUGGCAUUUGUGAUGUGA